AUGGUUUUAUCAGAAGAAGUCAUCCACAAACACUUGGGCACCGUUGUUGGCAAUGCGGAUAGCAUUGAAAGCAUCCGUCGAUGGAUCUUCCAACAUCAUGGCCAAAUUGGUUUGAUCGUUGACUGUUGGUUGAAUGUUUUCCGUGCAGCUAACGAUGAACUGCGCGUUGCGCUCUUCUACUUGAUGAACGAUGUCGUGCAGAAGGCCCGUCAGAAGGAGCAGCCAGAACUUCUGUCCGCCUUCCAACCAGUCCUGGUUUCUGCUAUCAGACUAGGAAAGGCAAGUGACAGGGUCAAUUCGGUGAUGGAGCGCGUGUUGAAAAUCCUUGCCGAACGCAGGAUUUACUCGCAGGAGUCUGUCGCAUGGCUUUUGCAAAGAUUGAAAGAGGCUGAUGACGAAAUAAUUGAAACCAAGCCAGUGGUGUCGCAAAAACAGUUUGAUAAGCUUCAAGGAGCCCACAACGACUUCGAGAAGGGUUGCACGAGAGCCAAUGGGCCAAACUUUCGUUAUGGCCAGAUGAACCAGACAACGCGGAGAAACGGUCGUGAUCACAUGAGCGCCCCACCGGCAAAUUUUGCGAAAACCACGCACCCUAUGGAUCGUCGGCACUCCGAGCAUUUUGAGCCUUGUCGGAAUGGCAUCUUCGGUGAUAGAGGACCGCGUGCACAGAAACGUUCGCUACCACGGGAUGAGCAACGCCCUCCACGUCCAAUGGGCGGAAUGCUGCCUCCAACGUUGAUGCCUGGCGCUCACGCCGACUACCUAAAGUACAUCCUGCGUACCUGCAAGCAGACGACGCCCCCAGCCCAGUCGAUGAUCGACAACACGCCGGUGCCAAUCCCGACAGGUCCCCUUCGCCGUCCACACCCGCCCGACUUGACCAGCUUCAACGUUCGCAAUUUUAAAAUUUGUUACGAUUCGGUGAUCGCCCAGCUUCACGACAAGAAGAACUGCUGCCCGAAAUGCGGAAUCAGGAAAGACAUCUUUGACGACGACGGCUACAAGCAGCACCUGGAAACGCACGUCAAAGAGAAUCUUCGCAAAGAACCGAAAAAUACCCUGAAUAAGCAACGCCGGUGGUACGUGAGCCUGGAAGUUUGGGUCUCUGAUUUUGGCCAAAACGAAGCCACGUCUGUGAAGGAGGCCGAGAAAGAGAACGCCCCGAGAGCUCCAACGACGGCUCGACUGGCGGCUGGCGAUACCGGAAAGAAGGUGUGCUUCGCGUGUCGUGACAGCUUCAAGCGGGUCUUUGACGACGACGAAGAAGUCUGGUUUCUGAAUGAUUGUGUCAUCUCGCAGGGCCAGUACUUCCACGAAAGCUGCGUCUACGUGCUGACCAUCAAGGAGGAGGAGUUCGACUCGCCCACCGAGCUUCCCGGGCUCGGAGAA